UGAAUUUCUCAAAAUCUUAAUACCAAACCACCACUACCACUCCCUCCCUAUAAAUACCACAUCCUAGAAUCUUCCUACACCUCAAUGAUGUCACCAUAAACUUUCUUCUUCUGAAACGGAACGAUGACGAUGCAAACAGAGUCUCUCCAUCAACAAUUUUCAUCUCCAAGUUUCAGCAGUUAUAGUUCUGAUACUUUAUCUCAAAUUGCAGCUAGAGUCAUCCACAACCUCCACACCGAAGAAGACACACUUCUCGAAUCUUCACAACAAAACGACACCGUCAACAACGAUGACUCUGAGUUCGAGUUCAAUUUACUUUCCACAGACACUGUCUCCGCCGAUGACAUUUUCCACAACGGUCAGAUCAAACCCACUUACCCACUGUUCGACCAAUCUUUACUCAACGGCGUCGUUUCUGUUUCUCCCGUUCUCCCUGAAACUGUGCCACGGCGUCGUCGUUUACCUCUGAAGAAGCUCAUGGCAGUCGAAGGUGAAGAGUUUGACGAUGUUGCCCCGGAUACGUACUGCGUGUGGACCCCACCUUGCAAAAAGAGCAGCUCUACGGACUCGGCUUCAAAACGGUGGAAGUUUCGGGAUUUGCUACUUCGGAGUCAUAGUGAUGGAAAGAAAGAGUCGCUUUUGUUUAUGAGCCCCGGUGGUAAGGAUAGGUCUGCCGUUAACGGUGGCGUAGGGGAGGCCAAAGAUGGGUAUCGAUCCAAGAGGAAAUUAGGAAUUAGCUGGGUUAUUCAGUAAUGGGCUUUUGAAGCCUAGAUUAUUACUAUCUUCUCACAAUUAUUAUCUUCAAUUCAAUUUCGGUGGGUUUCUUUUGGUGUAAUUAAAGUUUGCAUAGCAUGAUAAUUUUAUUUUAUUAUAAAAUUUGCAUGAGAUUUAGUUAAUGUUUGGAUUCGUGAUGAGUUUGACAUAUAAUGUUUUUGUUUAUUUAUGCGGUACAAUUGAGAGAAGCGAUUAUUCUUAGCUUCUGAUUUUCACGGUGGAAUGGUUUUGAAACACACAAAAUACGUUGGACACCAAACCAAACAAUGCAAUAAUACGGUUAGCCACUAUUUCGUCAAAUCUACCAUGAUAUCGAUAUGUACAUUCUGUGUAAAAUUUCUCUUUUAAUUUGUUUAUAGAGAUUGAAU